UUCACUAACUUCACAAAAAAAAAUGGAAAAUAAAAACAAAUGAAGUUAUCAGUUUAAUUGUAAGUUCGCAGUUCAUAAACGGAAGUGAUUUCUUCACUGAGAGAUAUUUUUCUUCACAUUGCCCGCGUAUAUUCGGUGAAGAACGAUAUGAAGCUUAAUUAAUACAGCCCAGUGGCCAUCUCGAGCAAUGAUGUAUCCAUUGUACAGCAGCGAUAUAAUCUAUCCAAAUGUCAGAGGAACGAGGUGGCGUUGAAGAACCAGUCGCGUGCGGUACCAGCAAGAUCGACAAAAAUGCAAACUCGCACCGCAAUUCAGUGCAUAACGCGAGUUUCGACGACGACAAUUCCAAAACCAAAAGCGAUGCGAACCCAAAACCGAACGUGGACGUCAAAACGAAGGCAGCUGUCGCUGAGCAACAGCUAGCUCUGUCCAAAUUGGACGAAUCGAAUGUUUCAGAAGCGGGCAGAUUUUCUUUGGCCGCUAUUUGCGCUUCCUCUUUGUGCGAACUAUUUGGUAACGAAUGGGACGCAGAUUUUUGUUCGAAAUGUAUCAAAUCUGUUACAGUCAGUUUGCAGCUGCCACAACGGGUGCAGCCGUUGAUGAACGAACUAAUCAAAGGAACCGCUUCUCAUUCUGUUGAGCCAUACGUCGAUCUUGUACGUGCUGAAGCGUUUUUCGAGAAAUCCGAAGACCUCGGCAACGUUAUCUUCAAUUUCAUUACAAUAGCCGUUCAAGAUGGAGUACGCAUCGGCGUCGGUUCAUACGACGCUCGAUGGAGAGUUUUACUGCGCCAUAUAUCUCAAAAACUUGAAAUUGAUGCCCAAAAAAUGGAAGAGUACGAAAGGAUGCUGAUUCAAUACUUGUUACAGAAAUACGAACAAUCUCAGGAAGAAAAAAAGGCAACGGCUAGUCGAAAACUAUCAGCCAAGGCGAAACGAUACGCAUGGAUUGGUUUAGCGGCCGUAGGAGGUGGAGCUCUGAUCGGAGUGACCGGUGGCAUUGCUGCGCCUCUGAUCGGAUCUGGCCUGACGAGCGUUUUAGGCUCGUCGGCGCUGUUCGCUGCAAUCGGAUCGACAACUGGAAUUGCCGUCGUAGGUUCGCUGUUCGGUGUUGCCGGUGGCGGAUUGACAGGAUAUAAAAUGCGCAAACGUGUUGGUGACAUCGAAGAAUUCGAAUUUCACAAACUCGAACCGCUUACUGAGGCCGGCAACGACAACACUGACGCCGAAGCUGUCACCAGUACCGAUUCUGAUACCGCUGAUAAAAGUAUAAACACGCUUAACGAGCUGCACAUCACGAUCGCCGUCUCCGGAUGGAUCAAGGAUAAAAACGACGAGAAUUACAUAAAAGCGUGGUCGCAUUUAUUCGUCAGUCGAGAACAGUACUACCUCAAGUACGAAAGCAAUUAUCUGCUGGAGUUGGGCAAAGCGAUGGAAUAUAUUUUUUCAUUCGUCGCCUCGUUCGCUACCCAAGAAGUUUUAAAAUUAACCGUAUUUUCUGGAUUGGUGACUGCGGUUACGUGGCCUGCUGGUUUACUGGGAUUGGCUUCGGUCAUCGAUAAUCCGUGGGGAGUAUGCCUACGCAGAUCAUCUCAAGUGGGCAAGCAAUUGGCCGAAGUGCUUUUGGCGCGAGAUCAAGGCCAUCGACCGGUCACUUUGGUUGGAUACAGUCUGGGAGCUCGUGUCAUAUUCUACUGUUUGCGGGAAAUGUCCGAGCGCAAAAAUUGCCAAGGCAUUGUUCAAGAUGUGAUAUUGAUCGGAGCUCCUUGUACCGCUCAACUCUCCGACUGGAGUAAAUUUCCCAAAGUGGUGGCUGGUCGAAUCAUCAACGGAUUCAAUCGCGGUGAUUGGUUGCUGAGAUUUUUAUACCGGACGUUGUCGAUGGCAGUAGACGGAGUUGCCGGCUUGCAAGCGAUCGAUUUAAAAGACCGUAGAAUGAUCAACAUCGAUUUGACUGAUAUGGUGACUCGCCAUAGUGAUUAUCCCGAACACAUGGACGCUAUUCUAUCGAAAAUAGGUAUCCCUCUAUCGUGUGCCAGCAGCAGCGACGACAUUUUAGUUACCAAUAACGAAUCACUGCAACCUUAGCAGUUGUCUUAUACACAAUUUCAUCUACUUAUCAACAUAUUAUAAAACUGUAUUUGUACCUGUACCUCUACCAUUAGGACGAUAACAAUAAAUAAUACAAUACUAAGUGUUUUAAGAUAAUAAAAAUGUAGGUACGUGAUACACGCACCCAAUACGCACUUUUGUACAUUUGCAUUGUAUUGUAUCUACUCACUCGUAUUUUGUAUGUACGACAGUAAUGCCAAAAUAUACGAGUCAAUUUUUAA